AUGGACGCAUACAUUUUAUUCCAAGUGCACUGCAUCAUGAUCAGCAACAUGUCUGUAUAUGAGGCUCCAUACUCUCGAGAUAUGGACGCAAUCGACGCGCACUACAGUCGAGCUACAGAGCUAGUUGCCUCCAGCGACACUGUCUGGCCGCUCAUCAUCGGACAGCGAUCGCGCAUCCACGACAACAUCACCGAGCUCAUUGAGAACGCGACCGAGUGGCUUGAGCGCUCCGCUUUCUCCACAUCGUUCGCGGAGCAAAGCAAGGCCCUCAAGAAGUACUUGACACCCCCGCGAGGCUUUUCAGCCAGCAGAUUGGCCAUACGUCGAGAUGGUACCGUUUCGGAUAGAGAUCUCAUCAUUCUGGAGCAGCGCAUAGUGGCGCAGGCCUACAAGAAUGACCUCAAUCGACUGAAGUCUUCCCUUAUUGACAGUUACGAAGGCAUGGUGUUUUUCGAGGAUUUUUUGAUGACAUUGGCCUGGAUGAAAGAGGAGCCUCUCCAGCGUAUGUUCAGCAGGGAGUUCAGGGGAGCCUACCUGGAACAUGUACCAGAAGUCCAGGACGGUACAGCCUCCGACCACGUCAGUCUGACCGGUAAGGAGACGUUCUUUCCAGCAUUCAAGCUUAUAUCUAAUACCGUGCUAGACACCGAGUCCGUUGUCGACACGUUCACUCCGUCGACUACUCGUACCGCUUCGCCAGCUCCCACCGAGCGCCUAUAG